UCGUGUUUGACAAACUCUACCCAUCCCCCACCAAUGAGGACUAGACAAACUCAACCCGUCCCCUUAAAAACGUCUUCAAAAGCCUUCUCCUCCUCUGUUCAUCUCCUUCUCUCAUUUCAAUCUUCUUUUCUUUCCUUGGUGGCAUCCAUUUUCUUUCCUACUUUCUUACGGGAAGACUAGAAGCUGGCAUAUAUGGGAAAUGGGUACAAUCAACAUCUUCACCAUCACAACAUGCAUCUGCAUCCCAAGGGAACUUUCUUGCCAAUGUUGUGUUCAAAACCAUCCAUUAAAGACGUGGCUCUCCCCAAAUGGCAAGACCGGUCUGCCUCUUUCUCUGAUGACCCUUUGUCUCCGAAGAUCAGUUGCAUGGGACAAGUCAAGAGGAACAACAGGAUCGUUGGGUUCCCUGCUUCUCACAAACUCACCAUCACCACCAAGAAUAGCUCCAAUAACAGUAUCAAGUACCUCAAGCUCAAGAAGCUGUUUUCUGGCAAGAAUUUAACUGGUAGCCCUGCCACCACCACAAAUACUACCACCACCAGUUGCAGAAGAAAAGAGGUGUUACUGAAUGGUACAAGCCGGCCCAAGAAUGAUGAUGGAAAAGAGAAUUCUGCUUCAAUCAACAUCGAAAACAUGGAUCCCCCUUUGCCUGUGAUCAAGAGAGUGCCAAAACAAGGUGAUAAAGAAGAUGGAGAUACCCUUUGGCAGAGGAGAUCACGUGGGGUUGCAUUGAAAAGCUUACAGCUUCAACAGGUACAACUGAACAGACAUCAAGAACCAACCACAGUCUGAUACGAGCCAGAAAAAAUACACUACAAGAUCAGAUAAUGGAAUAGAGUAUCCAUUGGGGCUUGUCAGAUCAAGUUUCUGUUCCAGAUAAUUUUGUCACACGAAUCAUUUCUGAUAGCAUGAUGGUGCUCAAAGUGAAUAAGGGGCGGGGAAAAGGGUGAAUGAUGAAUUCUAAAAGCGCGAGGCUUUGACCAGUGCAAAACAUUUGGAUAACACUGAUGGGGAGGACCGAACAAUGUGGAAUGGAUUUGUGAAUGAUACAGAAUAGUCAAGAGUGAUGUACGUACCAACCCAACCAUACACUGCCAGACAAAAAGCAUACAUUUUUCUAUGGUGAAAAACAUUUACUAAGAAGGACAGGCAUGGGCAGUUUCUGGCAAUUUCCACAUCUGUGAUAAGUUCCCGAGCCAUUACUUAACAAAAGAAUAGAUAAAAUGUUCAGAUAUGAAAUGAAUUGUGAAAGUGAAAGAGGUGAUUUAACUGUGAUCUUUCUGGGGAGAGUUGUAUCUUUUUUCUUAUUAAUAUUUUUUUCAUUCUAUAACCAUCUCUUUUCACUUUUUAAGAAAAUCAUACACACUGAGAAGGGGCUUUCAUGUGCAGUCAGCUUUUGGGGCAAGACCAGUGUGGAUGAAGUCUUGGCCUGUUUAUUGUCUGCAGACUGCUAAAUCAUAAAUGGCAGAGAAAGGACAUAUAGCCAAUAACUGCUGCAUUUAUGUUUGUCCCAACGAAUCCCCCCUCCUGCAGGCAAUCAAGGGGAGUCUGUCACAAAAAUUGCUCGAAAAGUUAACAGUGCUUUGCACGUUCCGAGAAGUCAAUGCCGUGAUCCUGGUGUGAAAAUUGGAAUUAAGCCACACCUGUCACCAAUUGACUGUUAAAACUAAUGGCUAAUUGGCCAUUCUGGUUUCACUGCUAGGGCCGACACACAAAUCUGUGAUCACCAGUCACUUA